AUGAAUUACCACUCCGCAUAUACCAGACCGUCUCAACUUUUUUACGAAAACACCUCGCCCGAGGACCUUCGUACACCCUGGACCACAGCCCGCUGUAACCGCCUUCUUCGUCCUUUAACCUCUCGGCUCGCAGCGCUGCGCAAACUUAGGAAAGAGCACAACACUGGCACUACAAGCUCUCAAUCUAGACCACUGAACCAUACGUCUGCAUUGCAACAACCAGUCCAAACUUGUACAAGUACUGGACGUCGAAAGUCGGGCGAGCGACGUAAAGGGAACGAUCCUGAUUGGGUACCUUUCUCAGCGCGCAAGAAACUGAAGCGGAAAUACGUUGGUCGGGGCCCUGGAGCACCUCCUUCAGAAGCAUCUGGACCGAAGUCCUUGGCGGAAAAAGGGAGGCUGAGUAGCCAGCCUGGCGAAAUCUGCGUCCCUACACCUCUCAUAGCAAGGCAUGAGCGGGCCGAUGAAGCUGGCCAAUACUCGGACAACGGCGUCUCUCAAGGAGAAAUGACCGAGGCGGACAGGCUAAAAACAAGCUUAUGGUGCAUGAAGGCGCCGAACAACCAAGAACCAGAACCGAGAGGCUAUCUUCAGAACGUCCAGCGAGUGGUCGCACAACCGGACGAGACGCUGCUGAAUAAGCUUUUCGACAGUUUCAGCAAGCUCCUCGUAGCGACCGGCCACACAAAGCAGCCGAUACCCCAGCGACAACGGAAGGGCGCAGGUUCGCUCCUGUCCACAUGUUUGCGCCAAGUUCCAUCUUACAUCGCGCUGGAAGAGUAUUGGCAGCGCGAAGACUCCGGAAAUGACAGAUCCGACAUCUCUAUGGAAGUCUAUCAAGAACUUGAACAACUAGGCUCUGCGCCAGGGCAAGGUUGGAAGGGUCUGAAGGAAGUAAUCCGCGCGCAUGGAGUGGCUCUAGUCGCAGAAGCAAUAUCAGAAGGCCUACUGGACGAGACGUGGGUGGAACGCUUCGUACGUCAGUGUAUGAGCCAGCGCGCAUGGAGCGAGUCCCAACAAUUAAUAGCCGCUUCCAUCUUGGUCCAGCAAAUCUCUCAAUAUCCUAUACACCUGGGCGCAGAAGUCGGACCAUUCCGCUGGGUGCAUCGUCUGAUUCGAGAGGCCCCGUUUUCAGAUGACACAGAGCGUCGAGGCUUUCUUUAUCGUCAGCUUGAGAAGAUGCUGCGAUCUGGCCAAAUGCAAGCGGAGUGGCUUUCAACGGGUCAGUUCCAGCCGUACUGGACGGGCAUCAUCAGUGAUAUUUCUGAAAGAAAUGAUAGCUAUUCCUACGCUGUCGAACUCUUACGGACAGCUGUUCUGGCAAGUUGUCGGCUCUUGACUCAUCCGGACAAUGGUGACAAUGCAUAUGCACAGGGCACUAAGUGUUCGUCUGGAUUUGCUGCGCAGUACGGGUGGGGAUGUUCCUCCGCCGUUCCGAGUACUAGAAUUACUGCGGCAUUGAACAACACUAUCUCGAGUCUCAUGACUACCUUGGCCACAGUUACUAUAGCUAGUGAGAGCCAGCAAGGGCAUCGGGACAACAAAACGGACAACAUCCUGUGGCCUCUCGAAUCCAUUGCCAUCGACAUCCUGCGCAGAUAUCCCACCAUUCUUGACGACCGCUCAUCGCUCCAGCGCGCCAUCACCGUUCUAGCAUCUCUCCUCCUCGCCCGCGCAAGGGCCUGCACGCUUCCGCAGCCGCUGCUCCUAGCCAACACCAACCUCAUAAUCCAAACGAUGGAGCGAAUCUCAAUCGAUGCCGCGUCGGAUACGUUCAGUCCACUUGACACGAUUCCAGGCCUCGUCUGCUCCGUCGCUCGCUGCCGCAGCCGCCCCUUCCGAAGCGACGGCUUCGUUGAACUGCAAAACCUGGUGCAGACAUUGACCACUUUUCACGAUCCUCAAACAUCGUCGCACUCGAAAUGGUUCAUGCGCCGCCUUGCCCUCGAUAGCGCGCUCGAAUAUGCGGAGGGCACCAAGAUACCAGAACACUUCGCCCUCGCGCGCAGCAUUGAGCAGUCUCUCCGAGAAGUAACAUCAAUGCCGACCGAAUCCCCCUUCAAGAAAUCUGGCGCGUCGGCGACGAAGGGCAGAGGCUGGCGCUGGGAAGAAGGCCUCAGCGAAUGGGUCACCGUUACGCCAGCGCCUACAGCCAGAUUGUCCGCUCGGCAUUUGACCGCCCUGCCAUCCCCAGUAUCUGAACCGGAGCGUGCUUCGCCUAUGGUCAUUAUCCACAGGCGUCUGCUAGGCCUUGGAGCGAGGGAUAUGCACGACACGCCGUGCAGGCGCUCAUUAUCAAGCAUGUUGCCAAACGCUGGCGAGCUUGACCUGAACUCCAGCCCUGUCCCUACAAGAUUGCCGCCCCAGGAGCCAAGGCCGCUGAAGCGCUGUCGAGACGUGGAAAACACAGACGAGACACGAAGGAGCAAGCGAACGAGGGCAACAGUUCCGCCUCAACGCUCAGGCGACAUAACAAACACCUUCUCGAAAGCCGAGGCUAAAGAAUCUUCCCCAUUCUCGUCCGAAGCCGACAGCGAUGCCUUCAUCCCCCCACCUACUCGCAAGGUUCGGCGAGCAGCCACUUCGAUAAAACCUCGCCUCGUCGCUGACGACGAGGACGAGCUGUCAAUGAACGAGCUACGUUCCGGCCGCGCAAGGAGUCAGCCCGUAAUCCGUAGGGGCCCUAUGCUUCCCAAGAAGCGCCAGUGCCUACGGAGGUCAUUGUCCAUAAUGUCUGCGCGCAGCGAAGGGGCUUACGCGAAUGUUGAUGAAAGUGAAGACGAGUUGAGUUUCGGCUAA